AAAAGGAAAAGGUCUAACAUGUGUCUUCAAACACCGAGACAGGGGAGAAAACAGGGCAGAACAACAUCUGAAGAGAAAAUGGUUGAGGUGUUUCAAAACCGUCAAAAGACCUCAAGCCACGUGACAAACUCCAAGGAACAUAAACCAUAAGUGAGCACUUCAUGAAAUUUCUUCUCAAGUGAAGUUGAAACAUUUACCAAAACUGAACAUGUGCUGGGCCACAGAGCAAAUCUACUUCAAGGAUUGAUAGGAGCACAUCCUGUGAGCUAGUGGAAUUUAGUUAAAAACCAGUAACAGAAAGAUAACUAGACAACUGUUUUGAAAUUAAGCAAUGUAUUUCUAAGCACAGAAAUCAAAGAACUCAAAACGGAAAUCAGAAAGUAUCUGAACUGAAUGAAAAUGAAAAAUACUUCUACUUCAAGACUGUGGUAAGCACCUAAGGUUUACAGGAAAUGUACAACCUUUGAUAUAUAUAUAUAUAUUAGAAAAGGGAAAAGGCUGAAAAAAACCCAGUGACCUAAGAAUCUGGAUUAAAGAAUUACAGGGACACCUAGGUGACUCAGUUGGUGAACUGUCUGCUUUCACCUCAAGUCAUGGUCCCAGGGUCCUGGCAUCAAGCCCCGCCUCAGGCUCCAUGCUCAGCGGGGAGCCUGCUUCUCCUUCUGCCUGCUCACUGCUCCCCCUGCUUGUGCUCUCUUUCUCUUUCUGACAAAUAAAUAAAAUCUUAAAAAAAAGAAAGAAAGAAAGAAAGAAAUCCCAGCAAGUGGAACAUGAAAAAAAAGAAAGGGCGCCUGAGGGGCUCAGUUGGUUAAGCAUCCAACUCUUGCUCUCAGCUCAGGUCUCGAGUUCAAGCCCCACGGCUCCAAGCUGGGCAUGGAGCCUACUUAAAAAAAAGAAAAAAAAGGUCUCUUGCUGCAGCAACGCGAGUGGGAGCACCAGGCGCCGGGCUCAGAGUGGAACUCCACGGAUCGCUUUAAGAAAAUGGCAGACAAGCCGGACAUGGGGGAAAUUGCCGGCUUCGAUAAGGCCAAGCUGAAGAAAACAGAGACGCAGAAGAACACCCUGCUGACCAAAGAGACCACUGAGCAGAAGCGGAGUGAAAUUUCCUAAGAUCCUAGAGGAUUCCCCACCCCCGUCAUCUUUGAGACACCCCAGUCGUGAUGUGGAGGAAGAAGAGCCACCUGCAAGAUGGACAUGAGUGACAGGCUGCACUGUGAACCCGGGCACUCUGUGCCGACACCACCGGCCUGCGUGUCUCUGAGGGGACCCCCCCCCCAAUCAGACUGCCAAAUUCUCCGGUUUGCCCUGGGAUAUUAUAGCAAAUUAUUUGUACGUUUAAUGAAAAUAAAACACACCUCAUGCCAUGGCAAAAAAAAAAAAAAGGAAAUCGUAUCUAGAAGGGCAGAAAUUAAAUAGAACAACACGUAAUAGAGUGACUCCUAAAAUUGGUUAU